AUUCGAGCGAUUCGAGCGAGAGUGACAACUACACUUCCAAACUGCAGCAUCGCACGAAACAAUCCACACACACUUCGCAUCCACGCAAUCGAAGCCGCUCCGCCUCACCUCACUCGCAUCAUGAUCGAAGUCGCUCUCGCAGCGGAUCGCGUCGCCACUCGCAUCCAUCGCGUCAUUCACAUCAUUCGCACCAUAAACAUCGGAGUCAUGCCGAUUAUCACACGCACCGACGAUCGCCCAGUCCAUCGCAGCGCCAUCGAGGGUCUCGUUCGUUUGCUGAAUCGCGCGGCGAAAAAUCGCACAGAGACGCAGAUCGAAGCCAGAAACGCGCAGAAACAGCGGCGGACAUGGAAGCGAAGCUGCGAGAAAUGCAGGAGAAUGCGACGAUGGAGGAGGAGGAUCGAAAGAAACGCGUGGAAGAGGAAGAAAGGCGAGCGAUUGAAGAGAAAAACAAGCAGCCAGUGUUUUUAGCGAAGAUGAAUAAGGAAGUGUUUGGGAACGGAGAUAUGACUUUGGAGGGGCGAAUCGCGAGUCGAAGGCAUUAUAAUAUGAAAGAAUAAGCAUAUUA